CAAGUUUGUCAGGCAACCGAGCAAGUUCGGGAGGGACUCCAUUUUUCUUCUGACGUUCACCCCGAGUGGGCGACCGCCGCCGCCGCCGCCGCCCCACGCCAGGUGCACAGAUCUUCGUCGGGCCCUUGGCCGGCGACGAACGCCCAGCAGAUUAUCGGGUAUACAUGCGCACAACCAUGUCCUUUACCGGGUCCGCCCCUGCCAAUGAUCCCUGCCUCGCCAAGAUCCUGUCCAAGCAAGGGGACAACAAAGUUCUCUUUGCGGACAAGGUAUUAAAGUUCACCCAAUCUGGAAAGAUGAAAAGACGCAUCCUAGUGAUCACAGACUUUGCUCUAUACCUUGUUGACCCCGAGGCCAACAUAUUGAAGAGGAGGAUAGCACUUGCAGCUGUGGAUAAGCUAUGCAUUAGCAACCUCAGUGAUAACUUCUUUGCGAUCAUUGUGCCGACUGAGUACGAUUGUUUAAUGGCCAGCACUAGAAAGAAGGAAAUUGUUGAUGUCAUUGUUAAGGCUAUCAAGAGCACAUCUGAGUAUGAACCUGAGGUGGCUUCGUCUAACAGGUUUGAGUAUCAUGCAGCUGCUGAAGUUAUUAAGGUGGUUGAAUUUGAGGAAGUCGAUGGAGGCACGAAAACCAGGAUCACGAACAGGGAGAAAUCAUGAUUCAGAUCUCAUGGAUGGGUGGUUUCCUGUAAACUGUAUAGCCUUGUUUUUCAUGGAUGGGUGGUUUUUUAUCUUCACAUGUCACGUGUAGUGUGUACCGCAACCUCAAUGUCAGUUCUUUUUUGUUUUGCUCUGUAUUAUUUUACUAGAAAACUGCAUGGCGCUGGCGUCCCCCAUUCGCAUCGAGCCCAUGACUUUGUCGAUGCCCUGUAACUGGACAGGAUCAUGCAAUUGUUUGCCUGCCCUGCUGAACCCCUGGAACAUUGUUAAGCUUGACAUUCGAGAUAGUUCCAAC